AUGAUGGAGAGCACAGGAGGGCCGUAUCUGAACACUGCUGCUGUGACAUCCCCUGUGGGAAUAGCUCGUUUGCUGCAGAUGAUGUUUGGAUGCACCACGUUCAGCCUCGUAGCCCACCAGGGAGGAUUCAGCGCAGCAUAUGGCACUUUCUGCAUGUUUGUCUGGACCUUCUGUUUCGCCGUCACUGUCUUCAUCAUCACCUGCGAAUUCACGCAUCUGCACAGCUGCCUGAGCAUUUCCUGGGGAAACUUCACUGCUGCUUUUGCUAUGCUUGCCACGCUCAUGUCCGUCACGGCCGCCGUGAUCUACCCGCUCUACUUUGUCCAGCUUGGCUGUUACCUGAUCGGCUGUGAGGUGAGAGACUUUCGCAUCGCAGCUAGCGUCUUUGCGGGCCUCCUGUUCAUUGCAUAUGCUGUCGAGGUGUUCCUAACCAGGGCAAAACCAGGACAGGUCACCAGCUACAUGGCCACCGUCUCCGGGCUCCUGAAAAUCGUGCAGGCCUUUGUGGCCUGCAUCAUCUUUGGGGCACUGGUGAAUGACAGCCAGUAUGGCAAAUAUGUGGCAACGCAGUGGUGUGUGGCUGUCUACAGCUUUUGCUUUGUGGUGACAGUGGUGGUAGUGGCCUUCAGCGUCACAGGUAAGACCGCCACGCUGUGGUUCCCCUUCGAGCGCUCCGUGGUCGUCUACACCUUUGGGGCCGUGCUGCUGUACGUGAGCGCAGCGGUUGUCUGGCCGGUGUUCUGCUUCGACAGCAAGUACGGCUCCCCGCGGCGCCCCGACCUCUGCUCCAAGGGCAGGUGCCCCUGGGACAGCCAGCUGGUGAUUGCCGUCUUCACCUACAUCAACCUGCUGCUCUACGUCGUGGACCUGGCGUACUCCCAGCGCAUCCGCUUUGUCUCGCACCUCUGA